AUGUUCAGAGCGACUACCCGUGCCGCCAAAAGUGGAUUCAGAAGAUUCUACUCUGCUGACCAUCAUCAGGCGCCAGCUUCGACACAAAAUGAAAUCGAUGCCACAAAAGUGUUUGGUGUUGCCUUGUUGGCUGGCGUUUCGUUAUAUUUUUACAGAAGCACCAAGGAACCAGUUAUAAAGACUCCAUUGUACCAGCAACAGGAUGACCGUGUUCAGUUGAGGAACGAAGCAUACUUGAAAAAAUACAAGAGCUCUUUUAUCAAAACUUUCAUCAGAGACAAAGGUGGUAUCGGCCAGAGACAAUACAGAAGAGAAGUUAUUGGUGCUGCUCCAACCAACUUAAUUCCGGCCGCCUCUCCAUACGGUGAGCAGUUUGGUGCCUCCAUCAAGACCGACAAGUUGGGUCCAAGAAAGGAAAGAACCAGAUACUUUGCUCCAUUGGAGAACUAA